UGGCGGCCGCAAAGCUACGGAUGCUCAUCCACAAGCUCGAUUACGAGUUUGAUCGCGCCAUUCUUCAGGCGAGGAGGACAUGGAAGGAUACAUCGCAGGGGGUGGAGAAGACGCUUGGACGGGAUACCUUUCCACAGCCAGGCAAGAAGCUUGGCAAGAAGGUGCCAAAGAAAGACAGAGAGGAUGCCAAGCUAACGAAUGCAACCGCACGUGUCCAGCACAUGGAGAGGAGCAGGGAGAUGGUAUCGGUUUUCAACAGCAUUGUUUAUGCCCACGACAAGCAGCUCAAAGGCGCCGUUCUCACCCUGACAAAGCAGCAGAUGGACCGAAUCGCCGUCUCGCUCUUGAAUCGAAUCGUCGGUGAAAAGGACACUCUCCUCAAGGACGCCAUUCAAGGAAUGGAACGCAAGGACAAAGCCCUGCUGACAAGCAAAAACAACGACUUUCUCAAAUUUGUGAUGGGUUUGAGUAGACGCGUUAAGGCAGACGUUCAGCGUGCUAUUCAGGUAAAAGAUUAUGAGCUGGGGAAAAUGGUAGCCAUGAUGGACGAGGAAGAGCUCCGUGCGCUGGUGGACUUCGGACCUACGGGAAAGGAGGACAUCAACCUCUGGAAACGAGAUCGUCGAAAACGGUCAUGGCGACGUCUUUCUGCCUUUGGGAUGGUUCGAAAUGACCCAUCCCUUUACCGCCAAUGGGCCCAGCAGCGAUAUCAACGCUUGGCAUCACAAGCUGAGGUCACGAACACCGACCGUAUGCUUGGGACUACCUGCGCUACCGAUGCCGCGCGCCGGCCACCCUGGUCGACGGACCUCCACUACUCGCACAGAUGUCGCGCACAGCAACAGCAACCCGGAAUAAAGCAGCAACAACAGCGACAGCAACGCGCCUCCAUUGCAGACCUGCCGGUGUCUGACGAGAGCUCGAUUGCUACAGGUCUGGGGCGACUGAAGUGUGUCCACACGGCCCCUUCCUCGAGACAUCCGGCACGGGCGGUCGCGAAAAAUCGACCGGCCUCGGCGCCUUCGGGCGCGGUAGAAAGGGUAUCACCCCGGCAAGACCAACGCGAGACCGCAAGGACCCCAAGUUUGGCGAGACUUGCAAGGGUUUUCUACCAGUCGACCGUGGCGUCUACCGCUUCUACGCUUGGGGAAUGUUCGAGUCGGCAGCAGCCUUCAAGUAUUGAGUACCUUUCAGGAGAAAUACCAGACCCCGCUGAAAGCGUGUGUUUCCAAGUUUCCUCUCAGCCGGAAGCACACGAAGGCGAGGCGAGCAAGGACGACAGCCAUGCUCAAACGACGACUAGCGUAGUGCACGGAGAACGGAACGGUGACACGAUUCGUUCAUCAGCGCUGGACGGUGUUGAGAAGCGCAUGGAGAGCGUGCGCUUGCUGUGGGCGGACAAAGUGGAACACGCCGUCCCGUAG